AUGAUUAACAAGCAUUUCUUUGCAAUUGUGUCGGUGCUGUUGGCCUCUUCUACUAUCUUCCCCCUAGAGUUGAAACUGGCUCUCUUCCAACAAAGAGUAAACAGAGAGAGUUUAAAACUCUUGAGUACAUUGCAAAGCUCAUCAAUUCAGCAGUGUCUGCCACACAGGAAAAACUUCCUGCUUCCCCAGCGGUCUGUGAAUCCUCGCCAGUACCAGAAAGGACAAGCACUGGCCAUUCUUCACGAGAUGCUUCAGCAGAUCUUCAACCUCUUCAGGGCAAAUACUUCUUCAGAUGGUUGGGAGGAAAGCCACGUGGAGAAGUUCCUCACUGAGCUUCAUCAACAGCUGGAAUACCUAGAAGAACUCACAGGCCCGGAAGCAGAGCAGGACAGCUGCAUCUUGGGGAGUGAGAACGUUAGGUUACAGAUUAAAAUGUACUUCCAAAGGAUCCAUGAUUACCUGGAAAGCCAAGAGUACAGCAGCUGUGCCUGGACCAUUGUUCGAGUAGAAAUCAACCGGUGUCUCUUCUUUGCACUCCAGCUGAUAAGAAAGAUAAGCAAACGAGGAAUGCAUUCCUCGAAGAAUGUGGAGCAUGAGCCAAGGGCAGACUUUAGAAGCAUAGGGUAG